AAAAGUGGAAUCAGAACUCUCCAGAUUUCCAAUAUCAAUUACCAACGUGUACUCUCUUUUCAGACUUGGAAAGAAAUUGGCCAUGGCGGUUCUUCGUAGAACGCCAAUGACGUCGUUGACGACCAUAACUACGAUCCUGGCGGCGGCGAUUGCGGUGCUCUCCGUGAGCGCGGGCGACAACAACGGGGUGUACUCGCCGUGCUUGGAUACGACCGUGGCGCGGUCGGACGGGUUUACCUUCGCGAUCGCGUUCGCUGCGCAGAACUCGUUCUUCUCCAACAACACGCUCCAGCUGUCCCCCUGCGAUACCAGGCUCCACCUCUCCAACGCCAACUCUCAGAUCGCGGUCUUCCGGCCCAAGGUCGACGAGAUCUCCCUGCUCACCGUCAACUCCUCCUCCUUCUUUCCGGACAAUUAUGGGUAUAUGGUUGCAUUUUCCGGUCGGAAAUAUGCUUCGAGGUCCGCUCCUGCUUUUGUUGCAAAUAGUUCAUACACUGUAACCAGCUUUACUCUUGUGCUUGAGUUUAAGAAGGGCAGGCUGCAAAACUCGUAUUGGAAAAGGGGUGGUUGUGCUAAAUGUUCUGGUAACUCUGGCUUUGUCUGCCUCAACGGUCAGGAUUGUGCAAUCAAAACUUCCAACUGCAAGACCAAAGGAGGCAAGGUAGAUUGCAGUCUUGGGAUACAAUUGGCAUUCUCUGGUACAGAUAAGCACCUUUCAGCUCUCAACUCAUGGUAUGAAGUGUCAAAACUUCGUCAGUACUCGCUUUAUGGCCUUUAUUCAAAUCUCAAGGAUUCUCUCACUACCCAGUAUAACAACUUCUUCUAACUGCAAUUUAGCUGGUAGUUAGAUUUUCCCUGCCAGUAAGUUGUAAUUCAUUUUGCUGUUUGAUUUAUAGAUCAAUGUUGACCCUUCUUUUACAGUGUGGAUUUGUCCCCUCCCCCGAUAAAGAUCUUCAGAAUUAUUGUGUGUAAAGUUAUAAUACUUAAACAUUGUUUGAUUGUAAAAAGAGAGGUAAUUACAUAUAAAACCUUCCUUGUUCAGGGUGCUGAA